CCGCAGGCCCCGCCCCCUUCCGCGUUCCCAGCGCGCGGCCCGAAUGGCGGCGGGCAAGCGCCCCGCGGCCGGACCUCGGUCGUCAGCUGCCAUGGCCCAGUGGAGGAAGAAGAAAGGGCUCCGGAAGCGCCGCGGCACGGCCUCCAAGGCCCGCGGCAGCGACUCGCAGGACGGCGAAUUUGAGAUUCAGGCGGAAGAUGACACCCGGGCCCGGAAGCUGGGACCUGGCAGACCCCUGCCCACCUUCCCCACCUCGGAAUGCACCUCGGAUGUGGAGCCGGACACCCGAGAGAUGGUGCGUGCCCAGAACAAGAAGAAGAAGAAGUCUGGAGGCUUCCAGUCCAUGGGCCUGAGCUACCCGGUAUUCAAAGGCAUCAUGAAGAAGGGGUACAAAGUGCCGACGCCCAUCCAGAGGAAGACCAUCCCGGUGAUCUUGGAUGGCAAGGACGUGGUGGCCAUGGCCCGCACCGGCAGCGGCAAGACCGCCUGCUUCCUCCUCCCCAUGUUCGAGCGGCUCAAGACCCACAGUGCCCAGACUGGGGCCCGUGCCCUCAUCCUCUCGCCCACCCGAGAACUGGCCCUGCAGACCCUGAAGUUCACCAAGGAGCUGGGGAAGUUCACUGGCCUCAAGACUGCCCUGAUCCUGGGUGGAGACAGGAUGGAAGACCAGUUUGCAGCCCUGCACGAAAAUCCUGACAUAAUCAUUGCCACUCCCGGACGGUUGGUGCAUGUGGCUGUGGAAAUGAACCUGAAGCUGCAGAGUGUGGAAUACGUGGUGUUUGAUGAAGCUGACCGGCUUUUUGAAAUGGGCUUCGCAGAGCAGCUGCAGGAGAUCAUCGCCCGGCUCCCUGGGGGCCACCAGACGGUGCUGUUCUCCGCCACGCUGCCCAAACUGCUGGUGGAAUUUGCCCGGGCAGGCCUCACGGAGCCCAUGCUCAUCCGGCUUGACGUGGACGCUAAGCUCAACGAGCAGCUCAAGACCUCCUUCUUCCUCGUGCGGGAGGACACCAAGGCUGCCGUGCUGCUCCACCUGCUGCGCAACGUGGUGCGGCCUCAGGACCAGACCGUGGUGUUUGUGGCCACGAAGCACCACGCUGAGUACCUCACCGAGCUGCUGACGACCCAGCGGGUGAGCUGCGCCCACAUCUACAGUGCCCUAGACCCGACGGCCCGCAAGAUCAACCUCGCCAAAUUCACACUUGGCAAGUGCUCCGCCCUCAUCGUGACUGACCUGGCCGCCCGUGGCCUGGACAUCCCACUGCUGGACAAUGUCAUCAACUACAGCUUCCCCGCCAAGAGCAAGCUCUUCCUGCACCGCGUGGGCCGUGUGGCCCGAGCGGGCCGAAGUGGCACGGCCUAUUCCUUGGUGGCCCCUGACGAAAUCCCCUACCUGCUGGACCUGCAUCUGUUCCUGGGCCGCCCCCUCACCCUCGCCCGGCCCCUCAAGGAGCCCUCAGGUGCGGCCGGUGUGGAUGGCAUGCUGGGCCGGGUGCCACAGAGCGUGGUGGACGAGGAGGACGGCGGCCUGCAGAGCACCCUGGAGGCGUCGCUGGAGCUACGGGGCCUGGCCCGCGUUGCCGACAACGCCCAGCAGCAGUACGUGCGCUCCCGGCCGGCACCCUCGCCCGAGUCCAUCAAGAGGGCCAAGGAGCUGGACCUUGCAGGGCUGGGCCUGCACCCCCUGUUCAGUUCACGCUUCGCAGAGGAGGAGCUGCAGCGGCUGAGGCUGGUGGACAGCAUCAAGAACUACCGCUCCCGGGCGACCAUCUUUGAGAUCAACGCCUCCAGCCGAGACCUGUGCAGCCAGGUGAUGCGCGCCAAGCGGCAGAAGGACCGCAAAGCCAUUGCCCGCUUCCAGCAGGGACAGCAGGGACGGCAGGAGCAUGAGGAGGGCCCUGUAGGCCCAGCCCUGAGUCGUCCAGCACUGCAGGAGAAGCAGCCUGAGGAGGAGGAGGCAGGAGAGAGUGUGGAGGAUGUCUUCUCAGAGGUCUUGGGCCGGAAGCGGCCGAGGUCGGGACCCGACAGGGGAGCCAAGAGGCAGAGGGAGGCGGCCCGGCAGCGGGACCAGGAAUUCUACAUCCCCUACCGGCCCAAGGACUUUGACAGCGAGCGGGGCCUGAGUGUCGGCGGGGAAGCGGGAGCCUUCGAGCAGCAGGCAGCUGGUGCUGUCCUGGACCUGAUGGGGGAUGAAGCCCAGAAUCUCACAAGGGGCCGCCAGCAGCUCAAGUGGGACCGUAAGAAGAAGCGAUUUGUGGGACAGUCAGGACAGGAAGACAAGAAGAAGAUUAAGACAGAGAGCGGCCGCUACAUCAGCAGCUCCUACAAGAGAGACCUCUAUCAGAAGUGGAAGCAGAAACAGAAAAUUGAUGAUCGUGACUCGGACGAGGAAGGGGCAUCUGACCGGCGAGGCCCAGAGCGAAGAGGUGGGAAGCGAGGCCGUGGCCAAGGUGCAUCCCAGCCCCGUGCCCCAGGCACCCCUGCAGGCCGUGUCCGCCCGGAACUCAAGACCAAGCAGCAGAUCCUGAAGCAGCGGCGCCGGGCCCAGAAGCUGCGCUUCCUGCAGCGUGGUGGCCUCAAGCAGCUCUCCGCUCGCAACCGCCGCCGUGCCCAGGAGCUGCAGCAGGGUGCCUUCGGCCGGGGUGCCCGCUCCAAGAAGGGCAAGAUGCGAAAGAGGAUGUGAGGACCAGGACCGAGCCCCGUGGUUCCUUGGUUGGCCUUAGAGUGGACAUCAGCAGACGUUCCUGUGCACCACUGCGUGCCUGGCCUUGUGCCGGGCACUGGGGGUACUCCCUGCAGGAGCCAUCAUCCCUGAAAAGGAGCGCUGUAUGGCCACAGAAGGGCAGCAGCUACGUCAGCCUAAGACAGAGACAUUUGAGCAGGGCCUUGAAGCAUGUGUAGGAGUUCGCCAGCAAAGCCAGGCAGGCCAAGACCUGAGUUGGCAACUCAGCUGCUGCUGCUUCCAUGUGUUCUGGCUUCAGAGGUCAUGGCUGCACCGGUCAGAGCCCUGAGUGCCUCAGGCUUUGGUGAUGGCAUUUUUAAUGUAAUAAAUCUUUACUGAGUACUG